UCGCGAUUGGUAGGGAAGAGCACCGUGAUAGUUUGUACAGGUCAAGAUGACUAUUGUGGCUCAUUGAGUUGGAUCUCUUAAGGUUCUAGAGCAUGAAAGCCAGAUAAUCCUAAGCAAAACACAAGCUUCUUCCAUGUUCAACAAUUUGAAUGAGUCUUGUCUUUAACCACUACAACUUACCACAUUGAACUUAAGUCUACUUCUUCCCUCAGCAACCGCUAAAUUUCCUUGCUAAGCAUCAUCCCUAGCUCUAUUUAAUACUAAUCAAAUUUUAUGCCUUUGACAAAGUCACAUGUUGACGUCCUAUAUAAACGUUUAAUCUUAGUCUUGGAACAAUAUCAAAAGAAAAAUCUUAAUCUUAGAACAAUACAAACAAACACUCUAGAUAAUUUCAUGGCUCCCCUACUCUACCUUGUAGUAUUCUUGCUUGCUCCUUUUCUCUCCCAUGCUGCGGAUCCCGAUCCUUUGCUAGAUUUUUGUGUAGCGGACCUUAAUGCCUCUCCCUCAUUUGCUAAUUUCCCUUGCAAACAAACCUCAAAUGUGACCUCUGAAGAUUUCUUCUUUGAUGGGUUUAUGAAUGAGGGAAACACAUCAAACUCGUUUGGAUCAAGGGUCACACCCGGAAACGUCCUCACAUUUCCUGCCCUUAAUAUGCUCGGGAUUUCAAUGAAUCGGGUUGAUCUUGCUGUGGAUGGGAUGAACCCGCCCCAUUCCCACCCACGAGCAAGUGAGAGCGGUGUGGUGAUGAAGGGGAGAGUUCUAGUAGGGUUCGUAACCACGGGGAAUGUGUACUAUUCAAAGGUGUUGGUUCCAGGACAGAUGUUUGUAAUCCCAAGGGGGUUGGUUCAUUUUCAAAAGAAUGUUGGACAAAAUAAGGCACUCAUCAUUACAGCUUUCAAUAGUCAGAAUCCAGGAGUAGUGUUAUUAUCCUCAACCUUGUUUGGUACAAACCCUUCAAUUCCAGAUGAUGUUUUAAGCCAAACUUUCCUAGUGGACCAGAGCAUUGUCGAAGGAAUAAAAUCCAACUUUUGAUUGUAACUAAAUUACUACUAUGAAGAUUCCCUUUGUUUUUAUUUUUUCAUUAUUUUGUUAAUUUAAUAAUGUCAAAGUUGUAUGCAUUAUGCAUGUAUUAAUAAAACAAUAAAGAUAUGAUUUUUUUAUUUA